AUGGCGGGAAGUAACCAAAUCAACCCUAGCGAUUCAAGGAUGGUAUUUCCUUUGAACAUGUGGGUUUUAAUCUCGAAUUUCAAGUUGGCAUGCAAUCUUCUUCGUCGCCCUGAUGGAACUUUUAACCGUGACUUGGCGGAGUUUCUUGAUCGGAAAGUUCUAGCGAAUGCAAACCCUAUGGAUGGAGUGUUUUCUUUUGAUGUGAUUGUUGAAAGGGAAACUAAUUUUCUUACUUUAAUUUAUCAUUCUAUUGAUGGAGAUGAAAGUGUGAACAUUGUUGAUCUUGAGAAGCCUGUUACCUCUGAGGUUGUGUCGGUUCUAAUGUUCUUCCAUGGAGGAAGUUUUGUGCAUUCUUCGGCUAAUAGUGUGAUCUAUGAUACUUUGUGUCAUCGAUUGGUUGGUAUUUGUAAUUCUAUUAUUGUGCCAGUUAUGAAUUUAGAGAUGAGGAUUGAUGAUGGUGAUGAUUUGUUCGAGAGAGAAAAACAAAUGGUUGGAAUAGAUUUGAGGAAGAUGAUGAUUGUUUUAGUUUAA